AUGAAGUCCGAAGCUCUUGCUCGGGUAGCAAGUGCCUGCAUUACUGCAGUUCUUGCCGCACAGCCGUACUCAACAUGGAUGACCGACUCUAUCAUGGCCAUCAACGUCCCGAAGACGCGGUACUACACCGAAGCCACCUUCUACCGCGGGGUCGAGUACGUCUACAACGCGACACAUGACGAAAAGUACAAAUGGUACCUCUCGUCGCAGAUCGAUGCCAUUCUGACUGAUAAUGGCUCAUUUGUCAACUGGAAUCCCAACAGCCGCCAGCUUGACUCGAUCCGGGUCGGCGAGACGCUGCUCUUCCUGUGGGGCCAGAUGGGCGAGGAGAGGUAUAGGAACGCCAUCGCGUUCCUACAUGAUGAACUUCUCGCCCAGAAGCGAACCGACGAGGUUGCAUUCUGGCACAAGGAUCCCGAGUACCCGAACCAGCAGUGGCUGGAUGGCCUCUUCAUGGGCGAUACCUUCUACGCUCACUACACGGCAUUGUUUGAGCCAACAAAUCAGACGGCCUGGGACGAUAUCGUUUUGCAAUUUGAUCUGAUGGAGAAGCAUUGCAGGGAUCCCAAGACCGGUUUAUUGUUCCAUGGCUAUGAUCAGAGCCACCAGAGGGAAUGGGCCGACCCAGUGACUGGCGCAUCACCUCAUCUCUGGGACCGGGGCAUCGGGUGGUACUUCAUGGCGCUCCUCGAUGUUCUGGACUGGCUGCCGCAAUCUCAUCCAGGGUAUGAGAAGCUAGUCAACUACUUUACCAGCCUAGCAAAAGCGCUGAGGAAGAGUUGGGACUGCAAACAAGGCGGUUGGUGGCUGGUCAUGGAUGCUCCGUAUCCCGGCAUGAAGGGUAACUACAUCGAGAGCAGUGGCACGGCCAUGUUUGUGACCGGUUUUCUCAAGGGCAUGCGGAAGGGUUUUAUCAGCCGAAAGGAAUACGAGAAGUUCACGCUCAAGGCAUAUGACAUCAUGGCGGCCAAGUUCGUAGGCAGAAAUGAAACCAGCGGUGCUUUGACUUGGGAAGGCACAGUCAAAGUUGGCAGUCUGAGUGGCAAUGCCACUUAUGAGUACUACAUCGACCAACCUAUUCAACGAAAUAUGCUGAAUGGAGUCGGUCCGUUCAUCUAUGCGAGUGCGGAGAUUGAGGCGUUGAGGGGCCAACUCCAAAUGUGA